AUGUCUGAAGGAAAAUUAGAGAAACCUGAACAAGACUUUACGCAACUUGUUGAUAAACAGUUACCAGAAACUGAGACAUUGGCCACGCAAGGGCUUCUUUCAGAAGCUUUAGAACAGUUAAUGGGACUUGAAAAGCAAACACGUCAGGCAGCUGAUUUAGCUUCUUCUACUCGUGUAUUAGUUCACAUUGUUAAAUUAUGUUAUCAGGCAAGGGACUGGAAAUUAUUAAAUGAAUAUGUAAUAUUACUUUCAAAGAAGCAUGGACAAUUGAAACAGGCAAUCACAAAAAUGGUUCAAGAAGUUAUGACUUAUCUUGAUGAUACACCAGAUAAACCAACAAAACUAGAGUUAAUCGAUACUUUGCGUACAGUUACUGAAGGAAAAGUAUUUGAACGUGCAAGAUUGACACGUUUAUUAUCCAAGAUCAGAGAGGAAGACGGCAAAAUUAAUGAGGCUGCUGAUAUUCUACAAGAAUUACAGGUAGAGACAUUUGGAUCAAUGGAGAAAAGGGAAAAAACAGAUUUUAUUUUAGAACAAAUGCGAUUAACUUUGGCAAAGAAAGAUUAUACAAGAAUGCAAAUUAUUAGCAAGAAAAUCAACACCAAGUUUUUUGCAGAUGAUUUGAAACUUCGAUAUUAUGAAUUAAUGAUUCAACAUGCAUUGCAUGAAGACCAACAUUUGAAUGUUUGUAAAUAUUAUAGACAUGUAUAUGAUACACCGUCAAUCAAGGAAGAUGAAUCUAAAUGGAAAGGAGUUUUAGAAAAUGUAAUUUAUUUUAUUAUUCUUUCGCCAUAUGAUAAUGAGCAAAGCGAUUUAUUGAAUCGUAUAUACAAAGAUCCUAAUCUUCAUUUUAUAACACCUGAACUGAUUCCAUGGUCUAUGAUUCAAGAAACAUAUGGUACAGCAUUGAGACAAACAUCGGUCUUUUUGCAAAAUGAUGAAUAUGGAGAAAAACAUUGGCAAGACUUACAUAAACGAGUGAUUGAACAUAAUAUACGUGUUGUAGCAAAAUAUUAUAAAAGAAUCAGAACAAAGAGAUUGUCUCAAUUAUUGGAUCUUAAUGAUCAAGAUACUGAAGACUUUUUAUCAAAACUUGUGGUUUCCAAAACCAUUUAUGCAAAGAUUGAUCGACCAGCCGGAAUUGUUUCUUUUGCGGAACCUAAAGAUGCAAACCAAGUUUUAAAUGAUUGGUCAAAUAAUAUCAAUUCUUUAUUGGGUCUAAUUGAAAAAACAUGUCAUUUAAUUACAAAAGAAGAAAUGUUACAUAGUAUAGCUAGAGUGAAAUAA